UCCACCACCCACUGAAACUUAUCAUGAUCUUCUACCACCAAGCACCCUUCACCAUCUACCACCACCGAGCACCUUUCACCAUCUACCACCACCGAGCACCCUAUACCAUUCACCACCAACCAUCCACCACCCACCGACACUCAUGAUCCACCACAAGAUUUUUCGUCCUUCAACCCUUUUAAUAGGAUGGUAAGGUCCCAUCUAUCCUUUCAGGUGUGAACAUGUUUAAUUCGUCACACAAUAACCUAUUUAUUUGGCAUGUUUUCCAUUUGGCCGUUUGGCAUAUUCAUCUGCCGGUAACAAUGCAUGACAUUGGCCAGCAGCCACAUAUGCCGGCUAAGGUCAUUCUGUGCUUUACUUCCAGCUUUAGCCUGUUCCCUUUAAAGGUAUGCCCCCAUCUUCCAAAAAUUACCCAUCAUUAUAACACUUGGGAUAAUUUCUCAGAGUAUCUAUUCAAAAAAUAGCCAACAUUUCAACCUGCCGGCUGUCGUGGGGCCGCCAACACCACUGCUAGCCAAUACUUGGCUGCAUUCUCUGCUCCAUGUGGAAAGUGGGAAACGUUGAAUUGUGGCUGUUGCACUGUUGCUGCACUGUCAGGCAUAGUUUAUGGCUCUUCUACCGCGAUUGGUACCAAGUUCAGUUUAAAACGGCUUCCUAAACAGAACCUUAUCAACUGUGUCAGUUAUUCCACUGCCCAUAAUGUGAAUAUGGUGUAGAAACUGUGGGAUCUAUUUCACAGCACCUAGUCCCUGAAGGCAACGUGAUGGAACCUUCUUUGUUAUGCUGUCACUCAUGAUUGCACGCCCCUCUCAGCUGAUGCAACGCUUCCUCCACUUGUUUCUAGUUCGAGUACAAUGUUGUACUUUCCAAAUUCAAAAUCAAAAUUUCAACUUUCAACUUCAAAUCUUUCUUCUCAAAGUACCUCAGAAAGAGCAGUCCUUGAUAUAAAAGCACUUUCGAUCACUGAUGUGGCUGUGCAUAUGUGUUCGAAUGUGGGGAGUGAACGGAAACUGAGAGAAUAGCAGACAAUGACGCCACCUCCACUACUUUCUAUUGCACAAAAAGCAGCUCUUGUUGCGUUCACAACCGUCCUGCUGUCUCUUUCCGCGUGUUCCAGCUGUUUCGACAGCUCCUCCCCUUCUCUCCCACAUCCAUGCGCCUACUGGCUGAGUCUCCAGUCACUCAGCACGGAGAGGGGAGGGGCCCCGCCCACUUUCCUGUUUGACAGUUCGGCCCUGACGUCACCGGUUCCGUCCCAACACGGAAAUGUGGGACCGAGACCAUAAAGGUUGCUGUUGUUGUGGAUUUAAAGCGGUACUACUAUCUUAGAUUUCACCGUGUUCAGUCCGCUGUCGGCGCGGAUUUCGCUUUGUUAAACGGCCGGUGCUAACUUUUCUGACAGAUGGACGCCCGCGCUGGAAAUGAAGAGAGAGUUCGACCUCUGUUGUUAGUUCAAUAGCUUUUAGUCGUCCGUUUGUUUCGAGCCAUGAGAGAAAGGGGUUCGCGGGUCAUGGGGUCUCUGGGGCGCCUGCUGCUGUUUCUUCUCCUGCUGUCCUGGGAAGGCAAACUAUUUCAGGUUGCAGGGGUCAGAUCUGUCACCCUCCCAGAAUCCCUCCUGUUCGUCUCAACGCUGGAUGGUAGUCUGCAUGCUGUCUCCAAACAGUCUGGAGACAUCAAGUGGACCCUAAGAGAAGACCCCAUCAUUCAAGUGCCCGUGUACCUCACAGAGCCAGGUUUUCUACCCGACCCCAACGAUGGCAGUUUGUACGUCCUGGGCGGCAAGCACAAGGAGGGCCUCAUGAAACUGCCGUUCACCAUCCCAGAGCUGGUUCAGUCAGCUCCCUGCAGGAGCUCUGAUGGUAUCCUCUAUACAGGUAAAAAGCAGGAUGUGUGGUUCGUGGUGGAUCCUGAGACAGGUGAGAAGCAAACCAGUUUAACCACCUCCUCCUCUGAAUCCAUCUGCCCCAACACUCCUCUCCUCUAUAUUGGACGCACAGAAUACAUGGUUACCAUGUUUGACACAAAGACACAAGAGCUGCGAUGGAACGCAACCUAUAAUGAUUACUCUGCCCCGCCCUAUGAUGACAAGCAAGACUACAAGAUGGCUCAUCUUGUGUCGAGUGGCGAUGGUCUCGUGGUGACAGUUGACAGAGAGUCAGGUGACGUUCUAUGGAGUCAGAACUAUGGGUCGCCCGUCAUAGGGGUCUACCUGUACUCCGGCGACUCGCUGAGACACGCCCCCCACCUCUCCCUCGCCAUGGAAACGCUGCGCUUCCUCACCUUCUCCUCUGCCAGCGACCAGGCAGACACACACUCCACGCUGAAGUGGAGCUAUCAGUUUGUGAAGGAACAAGCCAGCGCGCAAACACAGCUUGUACCCACUCUCUAUGUAGGCAAACUGGACUCCCACUUCUAUGCAUCCACUUCCCUCGUCCACCAUGGAGUCUCGUUAGUGCCUCGUGGACUAACCCUGGCUCGUAUUGAGGGUCCAGUCACGGCUGGAGUGACGGUGCGAGAGCGAGGGGCGUGCGAGACCACUCCGUCCACUGAUGUGCGCUAUCCACCAGGGAGCACAAACAGCCAGAAAAACCACUGGCUGCUCAUAGGUCACCAUGAGCUCCCUCCAGUGGCUCACACCACCAUGCUGAGGGAUUUCCCAGGCAGGCUGCAGCGUUCGGGCGAUGCAGUCAUACCGCCACGUCCCCCUGCCUCCCCCGCCACCCCUGCCUCGCACUACCACCAGCACUAUUUCGAGAUGUUUGCUGGCAGCCAUAGCGACGAUAAUGCUAACAGAGGAGGGGCUGAUGGGAGGACGUCAGGACACACCCAGAGGCCUGCUGCUGUGCUGCCUGUGUAUAUGACUCAGGACCGUCUUACUCUGGUUGUUGUGACCCUGCUGCUGGGAGGAUGGCUGGCCUUUGCGCUCACGUUCCCUGUUGUGAGUCGUGCGGCCCUGCAGCUGAAAGCUCAGAGGCAGCUGGAGGAGGCUUUUGAGACUCGUCUUCAGCGCAUGCAGACCAACACGCAGAACAACGUGCAGACCAACACGCCGAGCAACACGCCCACCAACUUGCAGACGGCGCCGGUGUCUUCAGACGCAACCGCUUCUACUGACACAAACCGUUCCAGCAACUCUCAGCGUGCAUCUGCCGACCCUCCGCCCAGUCCUCACCCUCACAGCAGCGGCGCCUCAGAUGACGACGUAAACGGCAGCGACGGGCUCAAACCAGCGGCAGAGGGAAGCCCUGAGGAGGUGCUUGUGGGUAAGAUCUCCUUCACGCCGUCUGAGGUGCUUGGACACGGCACAGCGGGAACUUUUGUCUUCAGGGGUAAAUUUGAUGGACGCCACGUAGCGGUGAAGCGAAUUCUGCCAGAGUGUUUCGAGGUCGCAGAACGUGAGGUUCAGCUCCUCCGAGCGUCUGACAUGCAUCCGAAUGUCAUCCGAUAUUUCUGCACGGAGAGGGACCGCCUCUUCACUUACAUCGCCAUCGAGCUGUGUGCCGCAACCCUGCAACAGUACGUGGAGGAUCCGGCUCGCUUUCCUGGGCUGAAUCCUAUAAGUCUGCUGGAACAGACCAUGUGUGGCCUCUCACACCUCCACUCGCUCAACAUAGUCCAUCGUGACCUGAAGCCCAGAAACAUCCUCCUCUCUGGUCCGGGCGCGCUGGGUCGGGUCCGAGCUCUCAUCUCUGACUUUGGACUCUGUAAGAAGAUCCCAGACGGUCGGUGCAGCUUCUCUUUGCGCUCAGGAAUACCAGGAACUGAAGGGUGGAUAGCCCCCGAAGUACUGCGGGACACUCCUGGAAACAAACCGACAGCGGCGGUGGACGUGUUCUCAGCAGGCUGCGUGUUCUACUUUGUGAUCAGCAGGGGGCAGCACCCCUUUGGUGAUGCAUUGAGACGACAGGUCAACAUCCUGUCGGGAGAAUAUUCGCUCUCGCAUUUUAUAGAGGACACACAUGAUGACGUCAUAGCACGGGAUCUGAUUGAGCAGAUGAUCGACGCUGAGGCCGAGUCCCGACCCUCCACUGCCUGCGUGCUCAAACAUCCGUUUUUCUGGAUCCCCGAAAAGCAGCUGCUCUUUUUCCAGGACGUGAGCGACCGCAUAGAGAAGGAACCAGCCGACAGUCCGAUUGUGGUCAGACUGGAGACUGCAGGAAGAGCAGUGGUCCGAACUAACUGGAGGAUGCAUAUCUCUGUGCCUCUGCAGACAGACUUGAGGCGGUUCAGGACCUAUAAAGGAAACUCGGUCAGAGAUCUGCUGAGAGCCAUGAGGAAUAAGAAGCAUCACUACCACGAGUUGCCACCCGAGGUGCAGGAGACUCUCGGUGAGCUGCCCGAAGGCUUCGUCAGCUACUUCACCUCACGGUUUCCACGGUUACUGAUGCACACACACGCUGCUCUGCACGUCUGCAGCCACGAGAGACUCUUUCACCCCUACUAUCUGCCCCCCAGUGCCAAAUAGUGUCGGCGUGACUCUGCACACUCUGUUCUGUACAAACACACACACACAUGCACAGACAUUGGUGUGCUUUCCCCCUGAUAAUGCCUUCCUGAUUGCUUUUGUAAAGCCCACUAUUUCCCGAGGGAAGAUUCAGUGCUGUGAAAAAGUUUUUAUAUGCCUUGAGUUGUUUUUAUAGAUUCAUUUUAUUUUUUUGCUGCUUUUGAUCAAGAAGAAGUCAAGAAGAUUAUUUAAUUUUUAAAGUUUUUUAAGAUGUAAUUUAUGCCGCCAUGGGUCUCUAAAUAAAAAACGUAACAAAAGACGUUUGAUGAGCUGUGAGGUAGCACGGGGUCACGGGACUUGUUGUCGUCGUCGUCGUCUUUGCUGUUAAACAGAACACGCAGCCGACAGCGAUAAUUAAUCGUAAUAAUAAAUCACGAGCGAGAAAUGCAAGCAGCAAAUUGAAGGGUUCACUGAUUCUCCAGCUUCCUUCCUCUUUCUUUUACGUAUUGUAGGAGCCAAAUGCAAAGUUAUGGGGAAGCAGGGUGAAUCUGUAUUUGUUGUGGGUACCGUAGGGGGCGCUGUGGUCAUUCAGGCCAUAAAGUGUAUAAAGGUAAUGGGAAAUCUGGGGCCGUCAGGUGCUGUGUGACCUCAGAAGGGCAAACGGUUUUUGACCACUAAGACACAGGUGUUGAAUGUUGGGAGGAUGAAUGGACACACAUUUUUUGUUGCACGGAGAAUAAACCUCGUAUGAUGGAACAAGCAAUGUGGAGACGUGUGGACUCAUUCAUUCAUUUGGACAACUUAGCGCGUCAGACAGGUCGCUCUGAGGGUAGCUUGUAAUAGACUGAGCUCCUUUAACACGUAUCAUCUGGUGUUUCCUACGCCGCGAAUCUAAAAUCACAUAUUUAUGUGGGUUUGAACAUUGUUUGAACAUUCACGAUAAUUUCAGUACACGACUCAACCAAAAAGGGUCUCAUCUUUUUGUGGACAUUUAAUGCAGAAGUGUUGCGUAUUAUGCCUUUAAAUGAGAAAGCAUUCUGAGUACACACCUCCGCAAAGCCGAUUAAAGCUCAGCGUUGGGGAAGUGCGCCUGUUUUCUCUCAAGUGCACAAACUUUGUCACAGCACUGCAGGUAAUGCAGACAACAACAACACAAUUAAAAUGUAAGUGUAGUGAUCCAAUGCUGUUUAUUGUAGAAGAAACCUCAGAUAUCUGC